AUGGAGCUGAAUGUUGACAUUAAAGACGAAGAAGAGGAGGCGGAGAUUGGGAAAUCUCUAAAAGUACACCUAAAAAUACACAGAGGGAAUCAAUAUUCCAAUAAUGACGUUGGGAAGAAUUUCACAACAUCCAAGACUCUGACAGUUCAUCAGAGAGUGCAUAAAGGAGAGAAGCUGUUCUCCUGCUCUGACUGUGUAAAAUGCUUCACAACAUCAACUAGGCUAAAAGUUCAUCAGAGAACACACACAGGAGAGAAGCCUUACUUCUGCUCUGACUGUGCGGCGAGUUUCUCUCUACUGUGCAACUUAAAACGACAUGAACGUAUACACACAGGAGAGAAGCUUUACUCCUGUUCUGACUGUGAGGCGAGUUUCUCUCUACUGUGCAACUUAAAACGACAUGAACGUAUACACACAGGAGAGAAGCCUUACUCCUGCACUGACUGUGGAAAGAGUUAUUCUCUACUGGGCCACUUAAAAAGACACCAACAUAUACAUACAGGAGAGAAGCCUUACUCCUGCUCUGACUGUGGAAAGAGUUUCUCGCGACUGGGCCACUUAAAAACACAUAAACAUAUACAUACAGGAGAGAAGCCUUACUCCUGCUCUGACUGUGUAAAAUGCUUCAUAACAUCAACUGAGCUAAAAGUUCAUCAAAGAACACACACAGGAGAGAAGCCUUACUCCUGCUCUGAUUGUGUAAAAUGCUUCACAACAUCAACUAGGCUAAAAGUUCAUAAGAGAACACACACAGGAGAGAAGCCUUACAUCUGCUCUAAUUGUGCGGCGUGUUUCGCUCUACUGUGCCACUUAAAACGACAUGAAAGUAUACACACAGGAGAGAAGCCUUACUCCUGCUCUGACUGUGCGGCGAGUUUCUCUCUACUGUGCAACUUAAAACGUCAUGAACGAAUACACACAGGAGAGAAGCCUUAUCACUGCACUGACUGCGAGAAGAGAUUCUACAGAUUGGGCCAUUUAAAAAGACACCAAUGUAUACAUAAAGGAGAGAAGCCUCAUCAGUUGUCUCAGACCAGCUGAGAUUAGACACUCCUUAAUUUUCAUGUCAUUAAAUAAUUGGCAAUGUUGAAUUGGAUCAAAUGAAGAAAGCGUAGAACACUAUUGUAAUCCUAUAGUUUCUCACUGUAAGAGAACUGUGCAGAGGAAAGGGAGCG